UGUAACCCAAACCACCCUCCUAGUUGCCAUUUCUCUUCCCCAUCUUCCGAGUGUUGGGGCUCCAGGCCUGUACCACCUUCCUGGCACACAUUCACUUUUGACUUUUUCUAAGGGAUUUUUAGUAACGAGCAGUACUCCAAGACAAAAAGGACACGCACACAUACGCUAGAGUCUUCGUAAAGUUGCCUUUUGGGUUUAAUGUAUUUACUUACUUUUCAAACAAGUAAACCUGUGUUGGGCGGUUCUGGCGAUAGAAUGCUGAGCAGGGGUGAGGUUGGGGUGCUGUUGGGAGAGGAGUGACUGCAGAGAUGCCUAAUCCUGGGGGAGGGCGGUGAGUGCUCAGAGGAAGAAGGCUAAGCAGGCAGUGAUGGGUCUUGCAGUGUUUGGUUCCUGUCGAAACUUCUCUCUUUGCUGAGGAAGUAGAUUAAAGACUGGAAUGGAAGGACCUCCCUGAGCUGUUUGCAAGUCUAGGGAAAGAACAUUGAGGCAAGAGGAAUUGGCAGGAGGGCUUGCACUGUGCUAAAGUGAUAAGGAAGGAAGUCAGAGGCUCUGGGGCAGAGCAGAGAGGGCAGUGGCUGGAAUAGAGGCAGGGGUGACAUUCAACUAUGGCUUUUAAGUUGUGACUGUUGAGCAGUGACAAUAUCAGCCUAUAUGACCACUGCUGUGGAACGUAUGAGGGUUCAGGGUGUGACUCUGUGUGUGUGUGUGUGUGUGUGUGUGUGUGUGUGUGUGUGUGUGUGUAUGUGUGUGUAGGUUUCUCUUAUGAGUUGGAAGCCUGAGACAAAAGGGCUCUUCAUGGGUGCCAUGACCUCUUAUGUCCUACAUCCAGCCUGCUGCCCAAGACCCACCUGCCUGCCGAGUGCACCAGGCAUGUUUGAUGACUAACGUCCUGGGUCCUCCCAAAGUGACUCUGAGCUGUGACCUGUGAUGAGUGACCGGGUAUGCAGUAGGUGACCAAUGGGGCCCAGGAAGCAGAAAACAGAGCUGUACUUAUGGCCUCUGUGUGUAGUCCCCCUGCCUCCAUCCUUCCUUGAAGCAGACAGGGCAUGUUUUUGUGUGUUAACUUGACACAAGCUGGAGUUAUCACAGAGAAAGGAGCCUCCCUUGAGGAAAUGCCUCCAUGAGAUCCAGCUGUAAGGCAUUUUCUCCAUUAGUGAUCAAGGGUGGGAGGGCCCAUUGUGGGUGGUGCCAUCCCUGGACUGGUGGUGGUGGGUUCUAUAAGAAAGCAAGCUGAGCUAUUAGUCCAAAUGCUUGAAUUACCCUAGAUGCACAGAACACAUGAAACUCAAGAAGGAUGACCAAAAUGCAAAUGCUUCACUCCUUCUUUAAAAGGGGAACAAGAAUACCCUUGGCAGGGAAUAGGGAGGCAAAAUUUAGAACAGAGGCAGAAGGAGCACCCAUUCAGAGCCUGCCCCACAUGUGGCCCAUACAUAUACAGCCAUCAAACUAGAUAAGAUGGAUGAAGCAAAGAAGUGCAGGCCGACAGGAACCGGAUGUAGAUCUUUCCUGAGAGACACACCCAGAAUACAACAAACACAUAGGCGAAUGCCAGCAGCAAUCCACUGAACUGAGAACGGGACCCUUGUUGAAGGAAUCAGAGAAAGGACUGGAAGAGCUUGAAGGGGCUUGAGACCCCAUGUGAACAACAAUGCCAAGCAACCAGAGCUUCCAGGGACUAAGCUGUUACCUAAAGACUAUACAUGGACUGACCCUGGACUCUGACCUCAUAGGUAGCAAUGAAUAGCCUAGUAAGAGCACCAGUGGAAGGGGAAGCCCUUGAUCCUGCCAAGACUGAAACCCCAGUGAACGUGAUUGUUGGGGGGAGGGCAGUAAUGGGGGGAGGAUGGGGAGGGGAAGCCAAUGUAGAAGGGGAGGGGAGGGGUUAGGGGGAGGUUGGCCCAGAAACCAGGAAAGGGAAGAACAAUCGAAAUGUAAAUAAUAAAUACUCAAGUUAAUAAAGGGAGGAAAAAAAAAAAAAAAGCAAGCUGAGCAAGCCAGAGUAAGCAAACCAGCAAGCAGCACCCCUCCAUGGCCUCUGCAUCAGCUCCUGACUCCUGACCUGCUUGAGUUCCAGUCCUGACUUCCUUUGGUGAUGAACAGCAGUGUGGAAGUGUAAGCUGAAUAAACCCUUUCCUCCCCAACUAUCUUCUUAGUCGUGAUAUUUGUGCAGGAAUAGGAACCCUGACUAAGACAAGGUAUCAGUCUUCCUCCUGGCCAGUCCCUGUGAAGACCUUGGGCUCUUUGUUAAUGUGGAUAUAUUCAUGUUGGUAUUUCUGUCAUCUGUGUCCAUUGCUGGUUGCUUCCUCUGUUUUUGCUGUCAGGUGAGAAAGUGGAAUAACAUGGCUACAUGUGGGAAAGAAAGGAGAAGGAUGGCAUUGGUACAUCAGCCAGUGACCCCUACGUCCUUAAGAACUGCUGUUUGGAUUUGACACAGUAUUGAAAUACAGUGUACCUAGGGCUUCCAUCACACCGUGUGUGUGUGUGUGUGUGUGUGUGUGUGUGUGUGUGUGUGUGUGCGCGCGCGCGCGCGCGCGCGUGCGCGCAACUCAUAAUAUUCCAAACACUCCAUAAGACGACAUUUAGAUCAACAAACUGUGCUCAUCAGUCUUUUAGUGCUGAGCAAGUUUUCUGUGAGGCACUGUAAUGCAUAAUUUAGAAAGUUGCUAUCCAUAUCCUGUAGUCAGAGCCAGAUUCAAAUGUCGAUCUUUUCUGGGCAAAUAUGGGCAUUUCCCGAUACAUUUACAUCACCAGGACGUUAUUCAUGCUCCCUGGUGUUUGACUUCUCAGUGCAAAUGUGUGCUUUCCCCGUACAUUUACAUCACCAGGACAUUACUCAUGUGGUUGCCUGCUUUAACUCACCAUCAGUGUGUCCUUCUCUAGAGCUGGGAAACACUUUUCCUUGCUCACAUGCAUUUGGGGUUAUGUGAAGUCUUCGUUUGCAAGAAAAUGCUUCUGGUUUCAAUGCUUUGAAAGACCUUCUAGUGUGCUACAGGUUCUUCAGGGCUUGAUUCCUGAGGGACCGUUUAGGAUCACCUGAGCUUCAUUGAAAAUUAUCCCUACCUUUUGCCUGUAGUCUUUCUCCCUCCCCUCAGAAGUGCAGAAUACAUGAACUUCCUACCAAUCCCAUGCUCCUCUGCCGCUGAGGCCUUACCAGGGUCUGGUGGGAGUGCCUUCUAGAUUAUCCCUCUUUUCCCUCUUCAAGGAGGCCUGCAGUUUCAGGCAGAGCCUAUCCUACCACCCUGAACCUCAGAGAAAGCAGCACAGGAAAGAGGUAGUGGGCCUGGAGUGUGAACAAGAAGAUGCCUGCCCAAGUCAUUGGGCCUGGGGCUGGCUCAUCGCCACCUAGCAUGACCAGGACAGUACACAUGACAAACAGCCGCCCAGGAAAAGGGAUCACCAUGCUUAUCAGGACUUAUUGCUUAGUGUCAUGACGACUCUCAUGGCUGCCUCAGUGUCUGCCUUCUCUCCUGUUCUUGCCUCAUUACCUUGACCAACAUACUUCAAAGCUAUGUCUACUAGGCUCCUAUUUUCAUGUUGUAGAAAGAGAAAGCCCUGUCCUCUCAUCCACCUGUCCACACCACCAUCUUUAAACCUGGCGAGCCCGCGUACAGCCACAGAGUCCAAGAUUUGCCUUGUGCUUGCCCCAAAUGAUCCAGCUCAGUUCAGGCAAACCAUCUAGUAACACUCUGGGUCCCAGAUUGUUUGGAAUGUUACAUGAGUUUUUUCCUAGGGUGGCUCCUUCCUCCUCAUUGACUCUGCAAGGAAGUGCCACCCUCAGGGUCUGUGAGGGUGCCCAACGUCCCAGCUGGAAUCCCUUCCAUUCCCUCUCCUAAUUGCAUCAAAUUUGUUCAAGAUUUUACUUAAGGGAUCACAGAGUAAUCUGAAUGUCUCUUAGCUCCUGUUUCCACUUAAUUUUUUUCUUAUCUGACAAUUUUUUUAUUUAGCCAAUCAGCCUUUUGCUACUUUUCCCCUUGGCCUAAUCUUCGAUUGGUUUUUAAAUUCUCCUUUUAAAACUUGUUUUUGACUGAUACAGGAAACAUCUAAAUUAUGCAUAUUAAAAGGCAUGUUUUGACUACCCGUAUGUAGUGCGUGAUGUGAUAUUCAAGACUGGAUAAGUUAAUGUCUCCUCAAGUAGAUGUCACACCUUUUAUGACAAAUACUGUCAAGUUAUUUUCUUCUGGCUUUUUGAAGUGCACACCACCUGACGGUAGCUGUAGUCACCCCACUGAGCCACAGGCCCUGAACUGCUUGAUCCUGCUAUCUCAGGACCCACUGACCCACUGACCCACUGACCCACUUCUCCCCAGCCCUCCCACCUGCUCUGAAAUUCUGACCCUCACUUAAUGUUUUAUUUACAGCAUCUUCCUCCAUUGCCUCUUUAUAGGCUUAUAUUUUUCAAAACCUACUUUAAUAAUUGGUUUAAUGUUGUGAAAUGCUUUAACCCCACUUCUAGCCCAACACCGGUCAGAGGUAGUGGAAAGGAAAGGUUAAUAGGGCAAAGGAGGAUGUGGACCUGUUUAGAAAUAGUUCUCUUCUUCUUUUAUUUCCCCUUCUCCUGGUCCUGGGUACUGAACCUUCUAGAACCUUGUGCAUGCUGACAAGCCCUCAAUGUUAAGGUGUCUUCCUAGCUCUUAUUUGUUUCUUCUCUUCUUUUCUGUUCUUUUUUUCUUUCCUUCUUUCCUUCCUUCAUUUUCUUUCUUUCACUUUGAGUCUUUGCUAGAAAAAUGCUUUUCUCCAUUUGAAGAGGUUAUGUUGAAGACAGAGUUUCCAUAUUUGGGUCUCCUAGAGACGUUUCUCUUGGUCUUGUCUUCUGGUAUGUCUGGUCACUUUUUUUCUGUGUUGUUAUAUGACAAGUAGCCCCGGAUGGCUGACCUCCCUCUGGAGAGUUGCCACAGGCACAAGGCAGACUGUUGCAGGCUGGCUUGUGGUCAGUGCAAGUCCAUUCUUCUGGGUUACCUUUCCCUUAGGGCUAGCUCUGGGUGUCCUUAUAGUAAUGACACGCGUCACAGGCUUGCUGUCAUUGGCUGGCUGUGUCCUUAUGUCUUCCCAACCAUUAACUCCCUGUUGUGACUGCUUUGCGAGUUCCUCCUUUGCUUGCUGCCAGCUUGGUUCUCUGCAGCCUGGCUGCACUGUCACCAGGGGAGCUGAAGCUGGUUUCAGAGCUUUCACCUUUCUGGGGACUGGGCUUGCCAUGCCUGCUUGGCUGGAAGGGGGUUGUGUCCACUAAAUUUUUGUUCUGUUGAGGCAGCAUUUCACGAUGUAGCACUGGCUGGCCUGGAACUCCCUGUGUAGACCGGGCUGAUGUGCCUACAUCCUCCUCCCAAUUGGCUACCAUACUCAACUGUGUAAAGUUUAGGAAAUAUUUAGUGAUUUUAUUGAUUUCAGGAGGAGAUGGUGUGUAGGGUGCCCUGUCUUGCCAUUGAAACCGGCAGUCUCUGUUUUUUUUUUUCCCCACAUAGUUUUACUAAGGAGUAUUACAUUUUCACACAGCCAGAGCCAACCCAUUUGCUUAUGGUUUGUGGUUUGCCAUUGAGCUUCAAGCCACCCUUUCUAAGUCAAGUUUAUAGAAGGAGUCAUCUGAGUUUCUUCCCAGGGUCUUUAUGGCCGUAUGCCUACUGAUCCGUUUUAGGGCUAAAGUAUCAUUUGUUUGUUUUUGUGGGAAGGGCCGGGAUGCAUGCCACGGUAUGUGUGUUUGUGUAGAUCAGAAGACAAUGUGUAGGGACUCCAUUCUAUUUUUCCUAUCAGGCAGAACUUAAGUGGACAGCAGCAAAAACUCUCUUUGAGGCCCCCCCCCCCCUGCUUUGUGUUCUGGGACACGGAUUUUUAACUCUGUAGUCCCUGCUGGUUCAGAAAUUACUGUGUAGCCAGCCUGGUCUUUAAAGCAUAGUAAGGCCUGUCAAUAUUAGGAUUUGAGGCAUGUGUUCUCAUGCUCGGUGGGGUGUGUGUGUGUGUGGUGAGUGGGUGUGUUGAGACACGUCAAUUUAGUCUCCGGCUACCCUGGAGAUCGCAAUCCUGCUGCUUCCUUUUGAGUUGUGGGAUCGCAGGCAUGUGCCACCACCACACCUGGCUUUAGGCAUGUGUUUUUAUUGUUCAGUUAUUAACUUGCUCAAACAAAGUUGUUUGUGUAUUUUUUUCCAUCGUCCAGGUAUUUCCCUAACACUUAACCUUUACAGACAAAGGGCUGUUUCUGGGCCGUCUGAUCUACCUAUACCCCCAUCACUUUGUAUUCUCACUCCUGUGUUUUAUUUUCCUCUCUCUUAUUUUGCUGAAGUAUCAGACACACAUUUAGAAAACUUAUUUAGAAGCCCCUGAGCUUGCAGCGAAUUGUGGUGGUUUUCCCCCCCAGACCGCUUGCCUGGCUGCUGCCCAGAGUGAUGGAUCUCUUUCCACCAUAUUCGCUUCCACUUUCAUUCCAUCUGGUCGGGACUGGCCGCAUUUCUGGCAGGGAACCUGCUCACUCAUGAUGAGUCUUGAUUUAUCAGUUCAGGGUGGCGUUCACGACUCUCUGUUGUGGCAGAUGGAGUGUUUUGUUCCUACCCCUCAUUUUCCCCCUCUUGAGUCAGACUGGGCCAGCCAUCUGCAUCAUUUCAUAUGUAUUAUUGUAGGGCGGGCUUGCGUGCGUGCGUGCAUGCGUGCGUGGGUGGGUUGCUACGUGGGUGCGUGCGUGCGUGCGUUCGUUAGUUCAUGCGUCCGUGCGUGCGUUCGUUAGUUCAUGCGUCCGUGCGUGCGUGCGUCCGUGCGUGCGUGCGUCCGUGCGUGUGUUCGUGCGUGCUUGUAUUUAGAACAGGUUUUGACUCUGUAGCCCAGGGUGGCCUCAAACUUGAGCUCCGUCUGUCCUUGGCCUGCAGGCUAUUGGGAUCAUAGAUGUAGAUAUCUACCACCAAGCCCAACCUUACCUGUUUUAUUUUGACGUCAGCACCACACCCUUCACUUCUAGCUUCUCUGGUAGAUAAAGGAAUUGCCCCACACCCUUCCAUGUCUGCUUCUUCUGUCUUCAGUACCUUUCUGCAGACAAGAUUAAUGGCAUUUUCUUGACUUUGUAACUGUGCCAAGACAUCAACUUUCUAGUUUGAUUUCACAAACUGGAAACAAGUAAAAUUUGUAUUGUUGUAAUACAGCAUUGCUUUGGUGAAGUGCCACCUGGUGAGACAGGGUCACCUCUCCUUUUUGGUGUGACUGGCCUUAUUAUUGCGUGCUACCAUGGCUUUGUGGAUACCGUGGUGGCCUUAGCAGAGUGUCCCCACAUCGACGUCAACUGGCAGGACAGCGAAGGGAACACAGCCCUGAUCACUGCUGCCCAAGCAGGGCAUGCCACCAUCACCAACUACUUGCUGAAUUAUUUCCCCGGUCUGGACCUAGAAAGGAGGAACAUAUUCGGCUUCACAGCUCUCAUGAAGGCAGCCAUGCAGGGUAGAACAGAAUGUGUGCGAGCCCUGAUGCUAGCAGGGGCAGACGUUCAAGCAAGGGAUCCCCGACGUGGGCUGUCACCUCAGGAGUGGGCUGCAUACACAGGCCGAGCGGAGGCUGUUCGAGUCAUGCAGAGGCUGAUGGAGCGACCCUGCCCAGAACAGUUUGGGGACAAGUAUAAGCUGGAAUUGCCACUUCCCGCUGAGACGAUCUUAAAGAAGGCAGGUUCCAAAAACUGCUUGCAGAGAUUCACCGCAUUCCUGCGAUCUACUUUGACCUCCCGCUCCGGCCAGAGCCUGGAGGAUGGAGGCGUCCUUGAUCACAUGGUCAGGAUGACCACAAGUCUCUACAGCCCCGCUGUUGCUGUAGUCUGUCAGACCGUGUGCCCGGAGAACCCACCCUGUGUGGGGAAACGACGCUUGGCGGUACAGGAAAUCCUAGCAGCUAGGGGCAACCUGGACGCCCAAGCGCAGGACAGCAACAACGUAGAGCUGCAAUCCCAGAUUUUGGAGACUCCCAGAGCUAGCUCCCGGUCUCCCCAGUCGCUCGGCUCGGGUUCCACUCCUGCUCCUGUUACUCGGAAGGCCAGCCUCCUGCCUUUGCAGUUGCUACGGAGGAGCAGUGUGCGGCCGGGCGUGGUGGUCCCUCGAGUGCGCAUCAGCAAGGCCCCUGCGCCCACCUUCCAGCCAGAGCGCGCAGCGUCCAAGGGCAACACCAAGGACAGCAUCUAUCUGCAGAUCCCCAAGUGGCGGUACAAAGAGGCCAAGGAGGAGAAGAGGAAGGCGGAGGAGGCAGAGAAGAAGCGCCAGGCAGAGGCACAGAAAGAAAGGCGGGCGCCACGCUGGAGGAAAAGGACGUGAAGGGGCUACGACUCUCAUAGGCCUGUGCCUGGUGUGGGGAAGCAGCGCAGGAAUCCUGCUGGGAGGCUGCAAGUGCUGGAGACAGCACCGUGGAGAGGGAUGCUCCUGUCUGCUACGGGGUGCGUGCUGCGUCACACAGCCUCCGGGCCAUUCACAUCUUCUAGAUCCACAAAGGACGGUCCACAUUGCUCCCAAGACAGAACUGGGAAAAGUACAAGUGAUUUUGUUUAAAACCAGUUCCUUGAGCAUUCUGUACACUAAGAGGUCAGUUUACCUAGAAGUCGCCCUUAAAGAACCCCAAUUAAGAAUUAAAAAAAAAAAAAAACAACCCAACAUAUCACAGGGCAUUUUCGCAUAGUUUUGUAUUUUGUUACUUAUGAAAGAUUGCAGCAUUUUACCAGUGACAGGCUCUUUAUAAUUAAGUCCAUUUUAAUACUUGUAUUUGCAGACCCUCUGUUUAAAAUCCUGUCUCUAGCAAUAAAUACUUGUAAUGAGUGUGUGAGUUACACAGAAGGGAUUCUCCCCUCGCCACUUGGUUCUGGCCUCUGCCUUCUCGUGUCCUAUGGACACACCCGUGCACUGGCUUUUCUUGUUAACUUGAGUGAUGCCAAAUGCCUGUUUUUACUUGAGAAAGGCACCGACUUCUAUCCAAAGCGAUCAAGUGAGAUGAAGUCUUAACUUCCUUUCAUUCUUUAACACUCUUUCCUUCCUACUAUCCCCAGCCCCUGUCAAUCAGUCAUUUCAUGAAAGUGGGUUGUGGGACAUUGCAGAAAUACGAUGCUGCUAGGGCCAAACUCAUUUCAAGCAAGGGGCUUGAAUAGACCAUCUUCAGGUGAUUUAAUGAAGGCAGGUUUUAAUGAAUGAGUGGUAGGAACAAAGUAAUAUGUGCUUACAAACAGCCCAUGUGGUCCUUAAAACUGUCAAAGGUGGGGUUGGGGAUUUAGCUCAGUGGUAGAGCACUUGCCUAGCAAGUGCAAGGCCCUGGGUUUGGUCCCCAGCUCCAAAAAAAAAAAAAAGGAAAAAAAAAACUGUCAAAGGUGCACAGAGUAGGGAAUUCAGAAUGCUGUCAACUGCUGAGGGCAGACAGGUAACUUUUGGAACAGGUGCUACAUGCUGGAUACUAGACGGAGUAGUUUGGGGAAGGUUUUCCUGGAGUAGGCUACACUCUGAUAGUCUCCUCCAGAUUCAAGUCCAGAGAACCCCUUGUGUGUUUUUCUACUGAGAGUUCCCCUUGAUGACUGACCCUGGUGUUAGGCUCAUCCCCACGCCAACUCUGUAGAACUUCCAACAUGUGGGGACUUUGGCAGGGCAGAGAUGGGAUUUAUCCUGGGUGCCAACACGUCUGUGAAAGUUCCCUUCUGUCUCCAAAGCACUGGGAAAUCCCAACUGGGCCAUAGAGUAUCUGUCACACAUGCACUUUAUUUGAAUAUUUAAUGUAAAUGGCUUGGAAGCGAUAGAGUCAGAAUAUUACAGACUGAUUUGGAAGCCCUUUGCUGAGGUCUGUCUUACACUGGGGUGGGGAGGGGGUAAGCGAACUGGCUUAAGCUUAUUCUUCUAGUUGGUACCACUAGGUAGUGAAUAACAUUAUCUUACACCAGCCUUCCCCCAAAUGCCCUAAAACGGGACCUUAGGCUGCUCCCAGGUGGAUUUGAAACUGGUGCCACCAUUCAGUGUUUAAAAAAGAAAAAAAAAUCUCAAUUUAGUAAGUUUCUCUUUAACCCUAGAAAAAUACCAAGGGGAGGCUGGGGCCUCAGACCCUCCUCUAAAACUACUGAUAUCUGGGUUCGCCCUUGGGACCUAGGACUUUGGUUUAGCUACAUCUCAUUGGGGGCUGUUGUCUUUUGGGCUCAUCUUUCCUGUCUCUCCUGGCACCACCUAGCUUGUCACAAGCCCCACCACUAGGAACCAAGGCAGUGCCACAGUGCUUCCAAGCCACAUUUCGCAUGCUGGCUGUCCACAGAUUUCAUCCAUUUCCCUGCUGCAGAGGGGAGCUGCACCCCAGUACUGGACCAAGCACCAAGGCGACCGCUGCCUUGGUAUUGAAACUGAGGCUUCUCAGCGGGGGCUGUGGGUAACCCUCAUUUCCUUUCAGGGCGCUCUUCUGGACACCCAGCUUGAACUCCAUAAAAGGCUCCAUGUCUGUAUGUUGCCUGGUUGUCACACGAAUAGGCAGUUUGAGGCAGCUCCUGCAGAGGAUGACUUGGUGUCUGGCAUCCGUGCACCGCCAAUCAUACAACCCGUUUUCACUGUGUUAAUGCCACAUUAGAAAUGACAUAUUACCCCACCAAGCCCGGGUCCCUGCUGCAGGCCAAUUAGAGAUGUACAGUUUCGAUUCCUCCAAAUCCUUACCUUUUCAUGAUCCAUUCUCAGAAUUUCCAGUUAAGCAUGAGUGACUAUCCGUGAUGUUGCAGCAAAGGACUCACAGGGUUUCCUUGUUUCCCGAGUAUUUGGAAGUGUGCCACCCCUAUCCAGGCACUAGGAUGAUGUUGGUCCUGGUGUCUGACUACAUGAAAACCCCAGAGAUAUAUAUGUGAUGGCUAGCCCCUUUCUCUGCUGUCUCCAGCAAGUUCCCCAUGACUUGGUUGGCACACCCGCUCCCUGCCUCCACGUUUUCUUCCACUUGCUUCCUUUCCCAGUUUGAUCAUCCUUGCACCAGAUGCCUUGGGGUCUAAUAAGGCAGAAGUACAAAGGCUCUUGAGGUAGUCUCUCUGCAUUACCAGGCUGGGACCUCUAAAUCUCCAGAAGUGGAUGGAGGGCAGGGCUGUGGCUUCUGCCCUCUGCUCUCGGAAGGAAGGUCCAGUCCGUUCUCCCGACCUGGAAGGGCAGAGGAGCAGGCUCGGGGCUAGGUUUGCACUGUGUUUAUUAACUGUAAAUAGUGAACUCCAAGCUGACAGGUGUCUUCUCAGGGAUUUAUACAUAAAUAUAGUUAGGGAAAAGUUAAAGUGUAUUUUAAAUCUUUAAAGUUGAAGUAUGUUUUAAAUCUUUUUGAUGUUUGAGUCAAUUAGGAUUAAACUGAACAGAAGAAAUAUUUCCGAGGGUAGUGUCCGUGCUUCUGUUUCUAAGUGAGAUCUUGGGACUUGUCUCCUCGUGGAGAUUUAUGGGGACCAUGGCUAUGGGAAUGGCUGUGCAUAUGAAGCCAGAGUUCCAUGGCACUUGCUUCUUUCUGGCUGUGACUCUUGUGUAAACAAUUGCCUCCAGGUAAGCAGAGACAGCUGGGUCCCCAGAUGAACCCUCCAUAACUGCCCCCCACCCCCAGAGCUGUUCCCUGCUCCCCUGGUCUUUUCUCCUUGCUUUCAAGAAUAAAAUGUUCACACUCAUUUCUGCAGAAACUCACAAAGCUCAUCAGGAAGGAUCGGGGAAAGUUCUACACACUUGGUUCAUCAUGUCCUUGAUGGGCAGUGUGUUUGCUGAACUAGAGGAAGACAGCAGGUGACAGGAGGGACUUUGUGACUCUUUUCCAGCUCCUACCAGGCUCCUGGCCACACUUGAUGCCUCAAGGGCAGCAAGGUGGUCUCUUUUCAAUUUUGGGUUUCCCUGACUCUGGGGGCUCAUCCUGCACAUCAGGAAAAGAGGACUCAUGAUUUGGCUAGAAAAUGGCUUUAUAGACUCAGAGAAAGUGUGCCAAGUGGUCUCUGUCCAUUCCUUCCCCGUUGGCAACUGGGAUCAGGUCUCUGGAGCAGAGAUAAGGCAGUUAUAGGUGAGAGAGAGGCUUGUGGGGAGGGGGCUGGCUUCAGUCCCCAAAUGAGGGAAAGCCUGCCAUCCCUGGGAGUCUGGAAGCAUCAUCAGUUAUCCCGCAUGCUGCUCAAGUGGCAGCAUAUUACCGUACACUCCCUCCUCUUUCUACUCUCUGGGAAAUUCCAGCAGUUCCCCAACUGUUCUCCUGUUGGUCACUGCCUAGAUUGUGGUUUGCACUGCCAGCCCUUGGCCCCUUCAAACUGGGUCACUGUGUGGAAAAUGAAGGAAGGAACCUGGCCAUGAUGAAUCCUUAAAAACCAACAAUGUCACAUAGAUAACAAAAGGAGAAGAACUGGGACCAUCAGAGCAAAGGUAGAGUUAACCACAAAGAAUGAAAAAGUCACUCCUUAGUUACUCACUGCCAGUUCUGCACAUUGGUGUAACUGGAACCAGAGACUCUUUUCUUCACCCUUGGACUCAUAAGUUUAUUUCUGAAUAUUUUAGAUAAGUGGCUGGAAAUGACUGUGGAAGAAAUUAUUAUUAUUAUUAUUAUUAUUAUUAUUAUUAUUAUUAUUAUUGAAGCAAUGAUGCUAUCAAGAAUGCUACCUGGAUUCGGCUGUUUUUCAGGUGUUGCUGUCGAAUGCCAGGUGCAACUCCUACAGUUCUCACACUCUGCCCCAGCCUGAAGCUGACUGUGAUGAAUGGUGAAGCCUCUGUCAUAACGUUGGCAGCUCUCAGCAUUAGGUUAUAUUAAUGGGGACCUUGCGUGCCAUCCACUUAAAUAUGCAAACUGAAGGACCAGAACUGUACUUGUAGAUGUACUAACUGUGGUGGCUCACAGGGACCCCAGGGAACAUCUCUAUAACCUGUUUGAAUGGUGUCGAUUUAGACAGAUUGCAGGGUCAGAGGGUCUACUCAGAUUCCCCAAACAAUGUGAAACCUGGUAUGGCUGGAGUUUUCAUAACCUAGGCUGUUCUACUAGAAGACGGUGCUGACCCAGGUGGCUGAGAGCAAAUAGCAUGGCUGCACCAGUGUCAGCUCUGGCUUUGAUAUGUGACAUGGCAGGAGGCCCAGACUUGAGAGUAUUCCCUCUGGAAAGCCUCCAGCCUACAGCUUGGGGAUGGGACCUGGCACAGGCUCACCCUAGGACAGCAUCUUACUCUAAGGGGUCAUUGGAAUCUCUAGUCUGCCUCAGUAUUAGUUCUGCUGCUGACCAGUGCUGGCUUUGAAAGUAUUCUCUUGCCAGGGAUGUGGCUCCUGUUGUUUUAGAGGGAAACGAAGACAGGAGGAAAAAUCAAGCUGGCCAUCUCAUAUAGAGCAGUGGACUUUGAGUAGUCAAGCACCUAUCAACACCGGUUAGGAAGUUCUAGAAACUGGUUCAGAAUGGCCCAACUCUGAGUGUACCGGAUGGAAAGUGUGAGUGGACACUACAUGUCCAGAGAGUUCCCAUCCUCCCAUCCCACUGCCCCGAUCCUGGAGCCUGCUGUGGAGUUAGAACCCAGAGCUCCAUUCAGCGACAGCUAAGUCUACUAUGAUUGGAACCUUCUUGGUUCCAAUAUAGUUCUGGAAGGUAAACGGCAGGCGAGCCAUGCCCAGCAUUUGCAGGGUGUGAGGGUCUCCAGCAAGUGGGGACAGAGGGAGACCUGCACCGCCAGGGUUGGGGUUCCUCCUCCUGGCUCAAGCUCUGUUUUCUAAUGUGAAGCGAUGUUCUUUGUCAUUUCUAAAACCUCCUGUCAGUUUCUGGAUGUCCAAAUGCUGUUGAAUAUGGAUGUAACCAUAAAUUCCAGAGUGUUUUAUUUUGAGAUGAGAGUUUUGCUACAGUUUAUAUAGGCUAUUUUCCUAUUUAGACCUCAGGGCUAUCUUGGGACCCACUACUAAGUGUGACCCUCCCAGCAGCUUCAAUUCUGGGUAGACAAGUUACAUAACCUUUAAAUGUGAUAUUACUCAGCAGGAAGAAUGUGUUUCUCUCUUUUAACUUCUGGCAAUUUUUGUUUUAAAGGUCUAGAAAAAGACACUAGAAGAAAACAGAGGUAAAAGAAUUAAAGAUCAACUGUAAAAUAAACAUUCUCAUGGUAUACAAUUGUGAUAUCCGAAUAAACGUGUGUGCAUAAAAUUAUUUUAAAAGUGCUAUGAAACAGA